AUGCAGUCGUCUACAGUCGACCUUUUAUCUUCCGAUCUUUUCAAGCAUCAUUAUGAAGCUGAGCCGCGGGAAGCGCACCUGGAACGGUCAUAUCACCGGGCCAGGGCCAUGGCUAGAUAUUGGCGACUGACUGUGGAUGACAUUAUUCACUUCACACCAAAGUUCCGGCAUGCCCACACAGAUGGGAUUAUUCUCCGUGAUACAGUGGCCCAGACGAUAUUCAGCAUACACUAUAAUCUAAUCGCAGGGACCAUUGCCUUCUAUCUGCCCAAGCGCCCAGAUCUCAAGCCAUUAAUGAACGAGAUCAUGCAAUUUGACGUGGUUGGCAGUUAUAUGCUGACUGAGGUUGGACACGGCUGUGAUGCGAGGAACAUUGAAACAGUUGCGACUCGGCAACCCGAUGGCAGCUUCGUUCUUGAUACCCCAAACUCUGCCGCAAGAAAGUUUAUGCCUCCAUCUGCACCAGUUGCAGGCAUACCACGCAUUGCACUUGUUUUCGCACGCCUCUUGAUUGAUGGAGAGGAUCGAGGCAUUGGUCCGUUUAUAGUGCCAAUCAACAAUGGGCAACAGAUGCAGCGAGGGAUCAAAGCAUGGCGUCUCCCCGACACAGGAUCUGGAAGGGUGCUCAACCACGACCUGACGUCUUUCGAUCACGUCUAUCUCCCGCCAACCGCCUUGUUAGGAGACUUUACAAAACCCAUCAACAUGCGUGACCAGUAUCUCGCCUCAAUUCACCGCUUGAGCAUCGGAGCACUGAUCAUCGGUCUGUGGGUAAUACCGUUUCUGAAGGGUGCCGCUUUCAUCGUGGGAAAGUAUAGUCAACGCCGCACAGUCCAGGAAGGCCUGCAUGGACCAUCAGUCCCAAUCAUAUCCUUCAGGACUCAACAGCUCCCGAUUGCACAUGCUUUAGCCGAGGCUGCUGUGCUAGAACCGUUUGCAGACUGGACUAUCGAGCAACAUAAGAGCCCCUCAACCAGCCCCGGGGCCAAACAUGCGCUCAGCGUUAUUUUCAAGGUCGUCGCUCUCCAAAAUGGACGUGAAAGCCUAAACCAUUUGAUCGAGAGAAGCGGUGCCCGAGGAAUGUUCCCUGACAAUGGACUCCUACAAACGGAGGUAUUUGUUGCCACUGCAGAGGGAGAAGUCUUGGUCCUUUCCAUCCGCUCUGCCACCGAACUGCUCCUUGGCCGGUACAAGGUACCCGAGGCCAAGAUGCCCGGCUCUCUUUUGGAAAGGCACGAGGCUGGAUUUAUUGCGGAGCUAAAGAAGCUUCUGAAAGAGUUCAAGCAGCAUCGGAGUACAGAGUACAAUCAUUACAUCCUACCUCGGUGUCGUUCGAUGCUUCUGGCUAUUGGGCAACGGAUGGUAUAUGAAGCAGCCAACGACCGGGGGGUUGAUCCCGACCUUCUGGCGCUAUACGAGGCAGGCGCAGUGAAGAGCGACAGUAGCUGGUAUGUAGAGCAAAUGGGGCUCAGUAGAGCAGCUCAGUAUGACAUGGAGCGCCAAGCGUGUGACAACGUGGUGUCGCAGCUGGACAGGCAUUUGGAUGGGUUGGGGAUUGAGCCGUACUGCCCCGCCCCAAUGCUGUCUUCUUCGAACUGGGAUGCCUUUGUCGAUGCAUCGCCAUUGUUUGCCGGAGACUCUGUCCCUAGCAGAAAUAGACGGGAAGCAAAGCUUUGA